CCUCCCAGCGCUGGGCACUGAGGCCUGGUCGGACAGCCGCUGCCUCGGCUGAACACGAGGAGGGGGUCCCACGUCCCGUCAGGGGUCAAGGUGUCCUCGCUGCCUGCCAGCCGGGCCCAGCGUCGUCAUGCCGCACCGCCAGAAGAAAAAGCUGCGCGCCCGCCAGAAACGCCACGAGGGCCAGGGUGAGGGCCAGGGUGUGGGGGGUGCUCAGGCCGCCGCCGCCGCCGCCGCAGCAGCGGCAGCGGCGGCGGCGGCGGAGCCCCUUGGGGAGGCUUCCCCGGGGUCCCCCCGGGCGGGUGCAGCCCAGCAGCCUCAGGGUGCCGCGGCCCCCGGGUCCCCCGGGUCCCCCGGGUCCCCCGGCGCAGGCGCCGCAAGCCCGCCACGUGAGCAGGGCGCCGAGGGCCCGGCCGCGCCCCCCGCCCCGGGCGCCCGCAAAGACCCCCUCAGCCGCAAGGCCGACAUGCUGGUGCGGUUCCUGCUGGAGAAGCACGCCAGCAAGGAGCCCAUCACGCGGGCCGCGCUGCUGAAGAUCGUCAGCAGGAAGUACGAGGCGCACCGGGCCGAGAUCCUCAGGCGCACCUCGGAGCGCCUGCAGCUGCUCUUCGGCCUCGAGCUCCGGGAGGGCGACGCCGGUGGCCGGGCCUACGCGCUGGUCAGCAAGCCGGGCCUGGAGGGCGACGGCGGCGACGAGGGGCCGCCCAAGAGCGGCCUGGUCAUGGCGCUGCUGGGCGUGAUCUUCAUGAAGGGCAACCGCGCCAGCGAGGAGGAGGUGUGGGAGUUCCUCAACGUGCUGGGCGUGUACGCGGGCCGCAGGCACCCGAUCUUCGGGGAGCCCAGGAAGUUCAUCACCCAAGACCUGGUGCGCCAGAAGUACCUGGAGUACCGCCACGUGCCGGGCAGCAAACCUCAGCGCUACGAGUUCCUGUGGGGCCCGAGGGCUCGCGCCCACACCAGCAAGAUGGAGGUGCUGCAGGUGCUGGCCAAGAUCAACGACACGGUGCCCAGCUGCUUCCCCCAGCUGUACCAGGAGGCCCUGCUGGAAGAGGCGGCGCGCGAGAGCUCCACAGGCGCAGCCACGGUGGCCUCCGCUGGCGAGGCUGCGGGCCCUUCGGGAGCCGGGGAGCCGUCCCGGGCCCGGGGGGGCCGCGGCCGCCGAAUCUAGCGAGGCGGGUGGGGCGGCUGCUCCUCCUGCUCGGGGCGGAAGGGGGCCCUUGACCUUCCAGGUAGUGCAGAGUCCGGGGGCUGGAAGGAAGUAAGUAGAUCUAACAGUUAAGAAAUCUUCAGUUGAACAUUUUAAGUAGUGGGGGUCUAAGUGGCUUUGUUUUAACAAAACCUAUCUUCUUUUUGAUCUUCACAUAAUUAUAUUUUAGGUAAAGUUAAAUACACAGAUACAUAUUAGCUCGAGAUAUUUAAUGUUUUUUCAAAUGUUUUUCCUUUUAAGAUAAAGUUUACUUUGCUUCAAGAUAUGAAGGUAUGACCAACAUUAGGCUCACAUUUUUUUGCAUUUCAAAAGGUUUUAAAGUCUCAGUUUUGCUAUUUGUAAAGGAAUUCAAAUAUAUUCAGUAUUUUGUUCAAUAUCCAGACAAGAUGACAUGGUACCAGAACAGGAUUCAAGGAGAUGUGAAAGAAUCCAACAGGAAAAUAGAUGAGGUCACAAAGUACAUGAAAAAAAAACUCUAAAAUGUUUAAUGUGUUCAAUUAUUUGUUUGCCUUGUUGUUUUUAGUCUUGGUUUUCUAGUAUUAAAAGA